AUGUCUUAGGAGAGUAUCAAUCAAAAGAAGACACUCGAGGAUUUACCAAAGGAGGAACUUAUUAAGAUCCUUAAAGCCCAGCUAGAGUAAAGAGAGCAGUAUAAAAUUCAGCUAUCUAAGGCUUAAGAAAACUCAGCAAAUCUUGUAUUUUCAAAUUUGACCUUAUACUAAUAAAUAUAGAGUCAAAUGGUAAAAUCUGAGGAAGAAUACAUUGCAAACAAACUGAUGAAAAGGCUGAACGAUUUGCAAAAGGAAAAGGAGUCUUUAGUCAAAAAGGUCAAGAAGGAACAGGAAAAUCUAUCCCAAAACCUUAAGAAAAAGCUAAAGAAGUUACAGUAGCAGAAGGUAGAUAUGGAGAAUCAGCUGGAAUAGGAGCAAGAGCAGAUAGUCAAUAAGCUGAGCAAAUAACUUACAGAUGCGAUCACUGAUAAAAAUUCCUUGUUUAAGAAGCUAGACUAGGAGAGAAGAACAAAAGAGGAGUUGAUGAUCAAGAUUCAGUAGGAAGAGAAGAUGUUGAAGCAUAUUCUGCAGGAGAGAGUAGAGCGAUUGCAAAGGGAAAAGGCUGACAUCAAUUUCAACAAGGAGAUGGAGAGUGAAUACAAGAUCAACAAGCUUAAUAACCUCAUGAAUAAGCUUGUCAGGGAGAAGUAAAAGCUGGAGGAGUUCUUGUGCUUCGAGGUGCAAACUAAGUAAGAGCUGGUAAUUGCAUUGGCGAAGGAAAAGAAAAACUUGACAAAUGAGAUGCUAAGUCUGAUUAAAGAGAUCAGAAAGUCAAAGCAUAAAAUCAAGAAGCAUGUGGGAAGCGAGAAUAUCAAGCAUCACUACCACAAUCAUCACUACCAGAACCAGAAUAUACAGACUAACUCUUCAUCAUCUAAUGAGUCAUCGCCUAGGUUCAAUAAGAGAUCGGCAUCUGCUUCAUUGUUUAUGAAUAUGCACGGAGCAUAGACACCCAUCAUGCACCACCAGCCUUCUAAUGAUCUUAGAAACUCAGCUCAGAUUCAAAAAGGUGUCAAUCUAGACUCAUCUAUAUUAUCCUCUUAGUCCUUAGACUAAAUGAGAUCAAGUGGAGUCGAUUCAGUCAACUUAGAAUCAGCCAGAAAGCAGGCUAAAAAUCAGGAUGAAAACAACAAUUAAACUAGUUAUCCUUAAAAUUCAGCUAGGUCUGAGAUGUAAAACAUACGCUAAAGCGAUAUAUCCGUAGUAAGUGUGAACGACGACUCAGUUAAUCUUGGAGAGAUGUCUAGAGACCAGCUGACUUCUUCAGAGAUCUAGCAAGAACAGGAAAACAUGCUGACUCAACAAGAAUUCAACUUCCUCUCCACAUCCAACACAUAACUCACCUCCGAGGUGCUUGGCAAUGAGUAAAACAUAGAUCUGAUGAAGAUCCUUGAAGAGAAGGACGACUUAUUAGCCAUGCUUCAGAGAGACAAGGACUUCUAUGAGGGCUAGGAUAAGAAAAUGAGAAUGAAGAUUGGGUCUAUAAUCAGACAGCUUGAGGAGGCAUAAAAAGAGCUCAUCAAAUAUAAGAGAUUAUGUGAGGAGAUAAACAACAACAAGUUGAAGCCAUUUGAGAUACAAAGGAUAGCAGGGUCUCUAGGUAUAAUAGCUUAGACUGGCAAUAAUAGUGGUAGCUAGAAUGAACAGGAGUAGAUCUAGUUUGUCAAUUAGAACUUCAUCAGAUAAAUUGGAGGAGAGUUACUAGCUAGCACAGGUGGUGGAGGGCCUUUUGACUCUUCGAUGGAGAUGGAUCAGUAUUCACUCACAGAUAGCAGUAGUUACAUCAGUGAAGGCAGUAGCUUUAGCCUAGAUAGCAAAGAGAGAAGCUGCUCUAACGAUCUGAGAAAGUCCUUUGACUCCCAGUCUACCGAUUUCCUUUACCAAUCUCAUUAUGGACUGAGAAACCCAAUGAAAGCAAACUUCGAUAUGAUGACUAAGCUAGUCUCCCCAAACAAAGCCUCUUCUAGUUAAUCCUCUAACCAGAAAAAUGAAAGAGAAAACAACAGAAGAUACUGA